AUGAAUAAGAAAGACACACCAGAACUAACAUCAGGACUAAGAGACCAUCAUCUGAUCAUCAGCCUGGAGCUCUAUGCCUCCUACAUCUACCUGUUCAUGUCAUACUACUUUAACCACAAUGAUGUGGCCUUGAAGAGCUUUGCCAAAUCCUUUCUUCACCAAUCUUGUGAGGAGAGGGAACAUGCUGAGACACUGGUAAACCUGCAGAACCAACAAGGUGGCCAAAUCUUCCUUCAGCAUAUCAAGAAAGCAGAUCAUGAUGCCUGUGAGAAUGGAAAGAAUACAAUGGAAUGUGUACUACACUUGGAAAAAAGUGUAAAUAAGUCACAACAGAAAAUGCACAAACUGGCCACUGGUAAAUAUGACCCCCAUUUAAGUGACUUCAUUGAGAAUCACUAUCAGAAUGAGCAAGUGAAAUAUAUCAAAGAAUUGGGUGAGCACAUAACCAACUUUCACAAGAUGGAAGCCUCCAAAUCUGGCAUGGCAAAGUAUCUCUUUGACAAGAAAACCCUGGGGAAAAGUGAUAUUGAGAAAUAA